GAGGAGCAAGAAGAGGAAGAGGAGGAAGAGGAGGAGUCGGGUCGGUCUUGUUUUUAUCGUUGUCGCACGCAGCGUCUCUGCUGCGAAAAUGCGCAUCGAAAAGUGUUAUUUCUGCUCGGGGCCAGUGUACCCCGGGCAUGGGGUGAUGUUUGUAAGGAACGACUGCAAGUCAUUCAGAUUCUGCAAGUCAAAAUGCCACAAGAACUUCAAGAAGAAGCGUAACCCAAGAAAAACCAGAUGGACCAAAGCAUUCAGAAAGGCAACAGGAAAGGAAUUGACAGUGGAUAACGCCCUGGAGUUUGAGAAGAGGAGAAAUCUCCCUGUUAAAUAUAACAGGGGUCUGUGGGACAAGACAGUGGAAGCAAUGAAGAGGGUGGAAGAAAUAAAAACGAAACGACAGGCGAGAUUUAUCAUGAACAGACUAAAGAAGGGCAAACAAUUGGAGAAGGAAGAGGCCAUCACCGAAGUGAAGAAGAAUAUUCACCUUAUCAAAGCACCACAUGCAGGAAAGGCCAAACAGAUGGAAGCCAAAAUGGUGCAGAAGUUACAAGAAGACGUGGACAUGGGGGAUGAAGAUCUCUAAUCUUAUACCCAAGGGGUUUUGCUUGUGUGAUGACUCUCGCGAGCAAGUUGAUCUUGUAUUAUAUUAAACUUCUGGUUUGGAAUUAAAAUUUCCAAAUGGUUGAUGGUGGACACAAUAAUGCGUUCAGUUUUAAAUAGCUGUACGAGGACUGAAAGGAUUGAUCCAACAAAGAUUUGCAUCCAGAGCAGCAGCGAUUAACCACACACCUCCCAGUUAUUUCUUUUCCUGUGUGGUAGUUGGAGCUGUAAAGAAUUUACUCUAUCCUGUUGCAUAGUAAAAUGUAUUUCAGUAAUGCAGAAAAUAUUAAAAGGUAAACAACAAAAAAUUUAAUAAACAUGUUUUUUUGGGUAAUGUA